UUUUACGGCCGCGCUUGGCGGCGGCGGAGCGGGAGCGGCCCGGGCGGGCGGACAUGGCCGAGGUUCCGCCGGGGCCUAGCAGCGUCCUGUCCCCGCAGGGGGACACGCUCUCCCCCUUCCCCGCGGGAGGAGGAGGAGGGGGGGCCGCUUCCUCCUCCUCCUCCGCUGCCGCCGCCGCCUCCUAUGCCGCCGCCGCCGCCGCCUGCACCGGCGCCCAGGACGAGGAGGCCGAAGAGGAGGAGGAGGAGGAGGAGGAAGAGGAGGGACCCGCGGGCGGCCGGGAGCGGGAGCAGCAGCGAGGAGGAGGAGGAGGAGGAGGAAGCGGCGACAAGGGGGCCCCGCAGCACCGGCACCACCACCGCCACCACCACCCCCCGCACCACAACCACCAGCUCAACGGCCUCAUCAGCCCCGAGCUGCGGCACCUGCGGGCCUCCCUCAAGGGCAAGAUCCUGGGCGCGGAGGCCGCGGCGGCCCCCGAGGGGCUGGAGAACAAGCGAGCCAGCAAAACAAUGGGCUCGGGACAGCAGCAGCAGCCGCCCCCCGCCGCCGCCCCCGCCGCGGCGCCCUGCUCGGCCCCCCACGCCAACCACCUCCCUCCCCAGGGAAGGACUGCACCCUCUCCUCCUCCUGCUGCUUCCCCCCCUGGAAAAGGGGACAGGAGCCAGCCUGCUGCCACCACCGCGACCGCUGCUGCUGCUGCUAAGACUGCGGCCCGCAAUGGGCUGGCGGGAGAGACUGGCUUGGAGGAGGAAGAGCAGGAGGAGGGGGAUGAAGGAGGGGAGGAGGAGGAGGAGUCCCUGCAGCUUCUCUCCGGGUCCUUAGCGGCUGCCUGCAGUUUGAAAGGCUCGGGAACGGACUGUCAGCCCGAGGAGGACCUAACGAUACGAUACGUCCAGUACGAGUCAGAGCUGCAGAUGCCCGAUAUCAUGAGACUGAUCACCAAAGAUCUGUCUGAACCCUACUCCAUUUACACUUAUAGGUAUUUUAUCCACAACUGGCCACAACUUUGCUUUUUGGCCAUGGUAGGGGAGGAGUGUGUAGGUGCCAUCGUCUGCAAGCUGGAUAUGCACAAAAAGAUGUUCCGCAGAGGUUAUAUAGCCAUGUUAGCAGUGGAUUCCAAAUACAGAAGAAAAGGAAUUGGUACAAACUUGGUUAAGAAAGCUAUUUAUGCUAUGGUUGAAGGAGAUUGUGACGAGGUUGUAUUGGAAACAGAAAUCACAAAUAAGUCUGCUUUGAAACUUUAUGAAAACCUUGGUUUUGUGCGAGACAAGAGGCUGUUCAGAUACUAUUUAAACGGAGUUGAUGCACUGCGUCUGAAACUAUGGCUGCGUUAGGAGAGCCCAUCCCACGGGAGCGACCGCCGGCCCCGGCAGCGCAGAGUCGGCCUUUGCAUGCCAAGCAAUUUGUUCCCAAAAUUGCUUUGCAGGUGGACUUAGUGAUUCCCAUGCAGCUCUUAAGAAAAACCUGUCAGUGUCCCCAUUGAGUGUCGCACAUUUUCGUUGCACUUUGGCAUGGCGCGUUUGUUCCGAAUUAAAGCCGGUUCUUUCCGACUCCCGAGUCCUUUUGGUACCAGCCAGAGAUGUGCCAGUCGAUAGCCAAGAUAAUGUUCAUUCAUUUGCAAUUAACUGACUGUCUUGACAUACACAGAACCUGUAUGGGAAAGCCACUUUUGGUUCCAGAAAAUUUAAAAAAAAAAAAAAAAAAAAAAAAGGAAAAACAAAAAACCCACAAACCACACACACACACACACACACACAAAAAAAAAAAAGCCAACGUAGAUUGUAAAAUUCUACAAGUAUACUAACAUUUCAUACUGAAAUUGCCAUAGUUUUCUGGGGAAGAAGAAGAAGAAGAAAAAAAAAAAGGCUUCAAUUUUAGGUUUUAUUUUUCAAUAUUGAAUUUUUUCCAUUCUUAAAUAUUGGUACCUCAGUGAUUAGUGAAUGAAAAAAUGUAUUGUAGGGUGGGGUGUGUGUUACAAUGAGUAACAGUAACCAUUAAAUUGCGUCUGCCAGUGCCUGUAUAGAUAAGUAUAUUUGUCUUCACCUCUAAGUUUGGAGUGCAUGCUUUUAUUCUUUUGCUUUCUUCAAUUGUCUUUGCAAGGAGAUAAAAAAACAAACAAAUUCUGCUUUUAUUUAAAUUCUGGAUUUGAUAAUAAAUUAUUUCAGAUUUUUAUAAUUUGGAUACUUCUCCCAAACGAGGGUUUGGAAGGCCCUUCUUCUAGCAAGAAGUAUGAGCUAUUUUGAAAACCUUGGGUAGCUGCUAAAAGAGAACCUGAUGGCACCAGUGAGUCUCUGCUGGGUUUGGAUGCACUUUUUUCAUUAAAAGAGUGAGGGACUUUUAAAAGAAGAUAUAGAAAAUUAAUGUAAAUUGGUAUGAUUUUUAUUUAAUCGAAAUUAUUGCUAGAAGCUCUGAAAAACAGCUAUUUUAAGAUAGAACAAAUUUUUUUUUCUUUUCAGAUUCAGAUUGCUUUGCUUCAGUGUUCUAAAAUGCUUCAAUCUUUGGUUCUUGGUCUUGGAAAUAAAUUUCAAGGUGUAUCGUAUGCAUUUUUAGCUGCUCUCAUUUUCUCUAAACUUACAUGAGCUAAAUUAUUGGGGGAUUUUUUUUCCCCUCCAAAAAUCAAAGCAGCGGGGAAGGAAUUCUGUCUCCCUUUCUUUCUUUCUCCCAUUUGCUCUUGCUCUGUUUUUUUCUCUAUAUUUUUCCCCCCCCCCCUCUCUUUAAUUGGGCCCACAGAAGUUUUAUAACACCCAUCAGUUUUUUUCAGUAAUUAGGUGUCCAGGCUUUCAUGUUCCAUGUGAUUCCACAGCCCAACUCUAUGAAUCAGUUGGGUCGGGUUUUUUUUUGGUUUUUUUUUUUUUUUUUUCCCAAGGUAUUAGUUGACUUACGGAAACACCUCUGUAAUCACAGAUAUCACAGGAUAUUCUGAGUUGGAAGGGACCCACAAGGAUCAUGGAUUCCAACUCUUAAGGGAAUGGCCCGUGCAGGGAUGGAAAGGAUGAACUCUCAGUGAAUCCUCUGGAGUCGAGUGAACUCU